AUUUUCAACCGUCAGUGUGAAAAGUGGGCACACGGCUCUGGUGCCACUUCGACGCAUUUCUGAGUGACCUUUCAAGAGGGACGCAGUGCCUCUAUCAAGUGAUUCCGUGGCAGGAGCAAGAUUGGCGACAGUGGGAGGCAUCUUGCUGGUGAUAAAGUGGACAUUUCGCGAGAGAUUUCACUGUGAAUCCCCGCCAAAACGGCACCAGAAGAGACGCGUUAGAGAUAUUGAAGCGUGACGACCAUACAAUUCAAUUAGCAUACUUCGCAGCCUUGAAACUGUGUUGAGAUCUGGUGGAAAAAGUUGACGAAAAAGUGUGCGUGAGGAAAAUUGUGCAGUGGGAUUUCCCUCGAUUUUCCAUCGCAGUUCCUCAUACGCCUCAGAGUCGCUCCAGAAGCCACCACGUAGCCAGAGAAAGUGCCUAAAGCGGACUGUAUCGAAGUGCCGACAAUGGCCAGGACAAUGUCACAAGAGUCAUUGCGACUCAUGAAAACCCUCAGCAUCGCUGUUCUCCUCCUGUCAUUCGCUCUUGUGGGCGAUGCUAGGAAAACCUCCAGCUCGAGAAGGACUGGAUCCAGCACAGGAAGAGUCUCCAAACCGACCUAUACUCAGCCAUCUCAGACUUCAAACUCACACGCCGACCAGGCCAGACUGAGUUACUCAGGAUACAACCAGCAACCCAACCGUCCUCAGCCUCAACAGCCGUCUGCUCCAGCGGCCCAUCCAGCUCCGGCACAGCAGCCGUCCCAGAACAUCGGCUGGAACACGAACUCGCAGCCCGCAAACCCAGCUGGAGGCAGCAAUAGACCCAUCGGCUGGAAUGUGGAUCAGCCAGCGCAGAAGCAGAAUGCCGCGCCAGUGAAUUCUGCUCCGUAUCCAGUUCAGUCUGGCGCCAAUCCGCCGCCUUAUUCAGCUGUGCAGAAUCACGGCCCGCCGCCUCCUUACUCGCCCCAUGCGCAGCCGAACGCAGCCACUGGCUACCAAGCUCCGCCGCCCUACAGCCCUCAAGGAGUGCCCAACCAGCCUCACUACGCCGGGGCCCCGCCGCCAUACCAACAGCCCGGAGGUUAUCCUCACCAAGGCGUCCCUCCAGCUGGAUAUCCUCAGCAAACGGCAUUUGGGCAGCCAGGACAGCCUGGCUAUGGUCAUCCCAACUAUCCUGGAGGCUAUCCUCAGGCCGGUUAUGGUGGUCAGCCAAUGGUGAAUAACUACUACGGAAACCAGGGAUCAUCAGGAAGUGGCGUCGGAUCAGCACUGCAAACAGCUGCAAUUGCCGGAAUUGGUGGUCUUGCUCUCUAUGGCGCCCUUAAGCCCAGUGAGCAUAAUACCAUCAUCAUUCAAAAUGGGACACAGGCGGCUCCAGGAGCUGCUCCAGCGGCCCCUGCGGCUCCUGCUGCUCCUGGCGAAGUUGCUGCAGUGCCGGCUAAUGGAACCCUGCCGGCGAAUGCACCUGGAACGGAGCCAGUCUAUUCUGCUCCUCUGGCUCCCUUCCCAAUUGACUGCACUCCGUAUUGGAACCAGAUGAACCAAAUGAACCAAAUGAACCAAAUGAACCAAAUGCAUCAAACACAGCAGUUGAAUCAAACAUCCACAACUUCAGUCGGAGUUCCCACUACAACCGGCGAAAUGUCGACCACCACCGAAGGCAUAACGAGUACAACGGAUGCAGUGAACUGCACUGCUGAAAACUGUACAACAACAACUGUAGCCACGGAUUUGCCGACCAGCACUCCGGCUCCUCUGGCCAUUCCGCCUCAGUGUCUGUAUCCGCCACAGCAGCAGCAGCCCCAGAUGGCCAAUGGCGUGCCUCUGGCUGCCUACCCAGGUCAAUACAAUCCCCAAGCGCCCGUUCAGCCGCCCUUCAGCAAUCCUCCGCCGCCGCCAGCGUCGUCAUUCCAGAAUCAACCCGUGCAGACGCAGACAAACCAGGCCACACUCUCGGCCUCCCAGCCAACGAGCGCUGCAGUCUCAAAGACCAUGUCAGCCGCUCUUCUCACGACAGUUACCAUUAUCGCAGGUGUUCUCAUUCAAGUAUGAAGUGAUGAAAGUGAACAUCUGAAGACUGGAAGAGUUUGAAUAAUGUAUCCAAAGGCCCACAAGUGAUCUGUUAGAAAUUCACCAAAAGGCACUUGCGUGACUUCAUGUUAGAACACAAUGAAAAGCUUCGAAAUUUAUAUAAAUGCAAAAGUUCAGAGGAUUUUUUUUUUAAUAAUACAAUCACUCAGGUGAAUUUGAGGUUUUCAAUGGUUUAUUUGCAAGAACUGUUUUUUGGCAAGUAAAAUUUUGAUGUGAAUUCUUUUUUUUUAGUGAAUAUUGAAAUGAACAAUAAAAUAAUUCACCAAACAA